AUAACAAGUUUUUGCGUGAAACCAACGCCAGUUAUUUUUUGGUCACAAUAAUAACACAAGUGAACUGGCAAUUAUAACAAAACAUGCUGGCUUGUACAAUUACCGUAUAUAAUACAAUAUUUUGGGUCUUGUAAGGCAGGCAAGUGUCAGGACAGCUUCUUUCCCAUGAUGCUCUAUUGUAUGGGCAGCUGUGUGGACCCAAAGAGAUCUGAUGAUUUUGAUGCUUUGACUGGAGGAGAGUGGGGUAGUGGUGGAAGAAACGCUUAUUGGGAGUACUGUCCUAUACUAGGGAGUAGGACAUAGAACAUUUCUAGCCGGCUUCCCAGUAAGCGGCAGACAUGCCUCUCUUUACAUCUAACCCCUUCGACCCUGAUGUAGAAAAAGCAACAAGUGAGCUGAACACAGCUGAAGACUGGGGGCUUAUUCUGGAUCUGUGUGAUAAGGUCGGCCAUUCUCGCACAGGGCCUAAAGACUGUCUUCGCGCUAUUAUGAAGAGAGUAAACCAUAAAGACCCUCAUGUUGCGAUGCAGGCACUUACAUUACUAGGUGCGUGUGUGUCAAACUGCGGCAAAAUCUUUCACUUAGAAGUGUGCUCUAGGGAGUUUGCAAGUGAAGUAAGCAAUGUUUUAAAUAAGGGCCAUCCGAAGGUCUGUGAAAAGUUAAAGGCGCUUAUGGUUGAAUGGGCUGAUGAAUUCAAGAAUGACCCACAACUUAGUUUAAUAUCUGCUAUGAUUAAAAAUCUUAAAGAGCAAGGAGUUACUUUUCCAGCAGUUGGUUCGCAGGCAGCAGAACAAGCUAAGGCCAGCCCUGCACUUGUAACCAAAGACCCUGGAACGGUUGCUACAAAAAAGGAAGAAGAAGAUCUUGCAAAAGCCAUUGAACUGUCACUAAAAGAACAAAGGCAACACGGCACACUCUCUGGUCUCUAUCCCAGCACAUCUAGCUUUAUGAACAACCACAAACCAGAAGGCAGAAAAGUGCAGGCCAUUUAUGACUUUGAAGCGGCUGAAGACAAUGAGCUAACAUUUAAGGCUGGUGAACUCAUCACUAUUCUUGAUGAUAGUGACCCCAAUUGGUGGAAAGGGGAGACCAAUGAAGGAACUGGAUUGUUUCCAUCUAACUUUGUUACUGCAGAUCUUUCAGCUGAACCUGAGAUGAUAAAAAUGGAGAAGAAAACUGUACAGUUCAGUGAUGAGGUACAAGUAGAGACAAUAGACCCCGAGCCAGAACCAGUUUAUAUUGAUGAGGAAAAGAUGGACCAGUUACUACAUAUGCUCCAAAGUGCAGAUCCAACAGAUGGUUUACCAGAUCCAGCAGAUUUGAUUCAUCUUGAAGCUGUUUGUCAUCAAAUGGGACCACUUAUUGAUGAGAAACUUGAAGAUAUUGACAGGAAACAUUCUGAGCUUUCUGAAUUAAAUGUUAAAGUUAUGGAAGCACUUUCGUUAUACACAAAGUUAAUGAAUGAGGAUCCUAUGUAUUCUAUGUAUGCAAAGAUGCAGAACCAACAGUAUUAUAUGCAAACAGCGGGAGUCCCUGCUCAGCAGACAUACCAAGGACAACAUCCGAACGCUGCCUAUCUUGUUACAGGAACUGCACAAAUAGGCCCUGUUCAGACCUACCCAGUUCCUUUAGAACAGCUUCCUUCUAUAAGUCAAGGAGCAGUUCCACAUCCUGCUAGCUCAGAGCUGCCUAUCCAGUCACCUCAGUCAUCUUAUAAUACCUCUACUACAGGAAGCUCAUAUGCUAACCAGGCUACAGGAUACAGUCCAAAUCCAGGAGCCACUACUGCUGCCAUUGAUAUCCCUGCUUACCAGACUGGUGCCAAUAUAUCCCAGGUUCCAAAUCCUGUACUAAACUCCACAACCUUUUCUCCAUCAUCUGCCAGUCAAGAUCAACAACAAAAUUAUAGCCAAAAAGCACUUCUAUAGGUUGCUAGAAAGGAACUUUAUGUAUAAACAUUUAGUUAAAGUCAAAGAAUUGAUCAAUUCCUUUAUCCAGUCUUUGCUUUUAAUUUAUCUCCCUCCUUAUGUGAAGCAUUUUAAGAUCACCCAGUAGAACUGGAUGAACUGAUAUGGUCAUUUUAUUUUUACUCAAUGAAACCUGUCUGGAGAGCUGAACAUGUUUAAAACGGCAGUUGAUUUGAAUUUACCGUUUAGACGUUUUGUAAAAUUUACAAAACAAUUGUUGCAUAUAUAAUGGUCAACAGAUUGUGAUGUAAUGUGUGGACUAUUGCCAUGGUGAACGCAACAAUAUAUUUAUUAUUAUAAUCUCAAUAUACUUUUCCAUGUAAAUUAUAACUACAAAUUGUGCUGCUUCUAUAUAUGACUUUAAAGAAAUUUGACCUGAACAAACAAUGAGCCUGACGUCGUAUAGAUGUUAAGUAAUUUUAAAUUUCUCUUCUUACAAACAAUAAAGGUGUAGAGCUGUACCACAUUUCACAGCGAUAUGUCAUUAAUAAAAAAAUUUGCAGAUAAAAAUUUGUAAUAUACAGAAGAUCAUGGAUCGGAUAAUUAUAGAUUUACAUAUCCUGUUUUACCCACAAACUAAUGCUGCUUGUAGUCUCUUAUGUGACCAGCUGGUUGAUGUUGCACCAAAGAGAUUUUGGAUGAGCAUGAAAAUCAGUUUUAAUUAAUUGUAGGGGUACACUACAAUACCUUAUAUAUUUUUGUUAUUCUCUUUACAAAUUAAGGAGUUGAUAAGGGACAAAUUAUCUCCUUUUAUUGGAACUCAUUUUUAUUUUUAAUUUUCUUUGAUAAUGUUUUUAUUUGUACAUAAAUAUAUUACACUGUUGUAUAGAAAUGUUUAAUUUAGUAAAUAAGUUAUUUCUUUAAUUCGGGUUGUUUAGAUAAUUGCUGCUUCUGAACACCCCCCCCCCCCCCACCCCCAAUUAUGUUUGUAAUUCUUACACUUUGGCAUUAACUUUCUACAUUACUGUGGCAUUUCCACCAUUUUGUCUUUGAAUGGUCCCUCUUUGAAAAUGGCUUUUGCCAUUAACUGAUGUUUGGAUAAGGUGUGGUUAUGAUAGUGGGGAAUAUAUGAAAACUAGAUUAUGCAGAGCUAUGUUUUUAAAUGUUCAUCUGUUCACCUACUUAAUAGUCAUUCAUUUCUAUAAUAAACAUUUUACUCCAAUGAUUUACUUAGUUUUGCAUAAAACUUCAGGAAUUCAGUUUUUUCUAUUUUCUUAAAUAUGUCAGGUACUUAUUUAUCAGCUAUCUUUUGAUAAAAUCAUGGAAACCGAUGAUGAUGAAAUAUACUUUCAAGACUGACAGUCCUAUAUUCAGAGUUUUAAGCUGUAUGAAUCAUAGUUAACUUUUACCAGGAAAAUAACUUACAUAAGCUAUGUGAAGCUUCCCACAAAUUAUCUACUUCAAUUACUUUUUUUUUUUGGUGUCACUUAUUGUUGUCUCAUAUUAUUGAAGAUUUUACAGCAUGAUUUUGAAUAUCCCCCCCCCCCCCACACACACACACACACAUUUGCAGUGCACAUUUAAAGGGGUUUUCUGUAUUCAAUUUGGACUAAUUUGAAGGCAGUGCAACAAAAGGACAUUUCAUAUAUGUAGUUAUUGCAUGCUAAUACAAAUUAACAGGAUCCUACUUUUGACAGGCAUUUCAUAAAUUUUGUUUUAAAUUACAGAUAAAUGGGGGAAAUGUUCUUUCAUUACCAUUGAUGUAUUAUGUUGCAAAAUUGCAUUAUGGAAAUUGUUUAAUUUUUUUUAUUACAUUAUGAAAUAAACUUAAAUAUUUAGACGUC